UCUAUGCAUUCUAUGAAAAAUUCGAUAGCUACCUGAGAGUGAUCGAUACAAAUUUGACAUUCGUGUUGUCAUGGCAACUGUUGCGCCUAAAUCUAUAAACAAAUUCUUGUUCAUUUUUUUAAAUAGUUGUUCAUCGUGUCCUCAUUAUGUUUAUUCAGAAUGUGCAGAUCAAGGAUGGAGAAUAUACAAAGACGAUUUAUACGAUGAUAAAAGAACAGCGAUACAAUGAUGCAAUACAAGUAUUAACCAAUGUACUGGAAACAAAUCAACCAUCAAGAGCAGGCCUUUCUCUCCUGGCCUACUGCUACUUCUAUACUCAGGACUUCAUAAAAGCAGCUGACUGCUAUGAGAAACUCACCCUUCUUCUCCCUGAAGAAGCUGAGUAUCGCCUUUACUAUGCUCAGUCUCUGUACCAGGCUUGUAUGUAUGAGGAAGCAUUGAAAGUUACUUCCCAGAUUGAUGAUCCAGCUUUUCAAGGAAAGAUCACAAAACUAAAAGCAGCUAUAAAGUAUGGAGAGGAAGACUUGGCUGGGGCAAAGAGUCUUGUAGAUAGCAGUCCAGAGGAUGAUCCGGACACUGAAAUCAACCAUGGCUGUCUUUUAUACAAGGAAGGUCGCUUUGAAGAUGCAUUACAGAAAUUCAGCACCUCUCUCCAAGUGCUUGGGUACAAUCCUCAUCUUUCCUACAACGUUGCUCUCUGUUACUACAGGCUGAAGGAAUAUGCUCCUGCGUUGAAACAUAUAUCUGACAUAAUUGAACGUGGGAUCCGUGAACACCCUGAGCUUAGUGUAGGCAUGACAACUGAAGGUAUUGAAAUGAGGAGUGUUGGUAACACCCUCACAUUGCACGAAACUGCGCUUAUUGAAGCCUUCAACCUCAGAGCAGCCAUUGAAUAUCAUCUAAAAAACUUUGAAUCAGCCAGAGAAGCACUUACAGACAUGCCACCUCGCUCAGAAGAAGAAUUGGAUGCUGUCACACUUCAUAAUCAAGCACUGAUGAACAUGGAAACCAAACCAACCGAAGGUUUUGAGAAACUUCAGUUUCUGCUUCAGCAGAAUCCAUUUCCUCCUGAGACAUUUGGAAAUUUACUCCUCCUCUAUUGCAAAUAUGAAUACUAUGAUCUGGCUGCUGACGUUCUGGCAGAGAAUGCCCAACUCACUUACAAAUAUCUCACUCCAUACCUCUACAAUUUCUUGGAUGCUCUAAUAACUCAACAAACAUCACCUGAGGAAGCAUAUCGCAAGUUUGAUGAAAUUGCUUCAAAGCAUACCGAAACACUUCGCAAGCUGACCAAACAGGUGCAGGAAGCAAGACAAAACCAUGAUGAUGAAUCUGUAAAGAGAGCUGUAGGUGAAUAUGAAGAUGCUUUAGAAAGGUAUAUUCCGGUACUGAUGGCACAGGCUAAAAUAUACUGGGACAUGGAGAACUAUGCACAAGUAGAGAAGAUUUUCCGCAAGUCUGUGGAAUUCUGCAAUGAGAAUGACAUAUGGAAGCUAAAUGUUGCUCAUGUACUCUUUAUGCAGGAAAAUAAAUUCAAAGAAGCUACAGGUUUCUAUGAGCCAAUUGUUAAAAAGCAUUAUGAUAAUAUUGUGAAUGUGAGUGCAAUUGUUCUUGCAAAUCUAUGUGUUUCAUAUAUCAUGACCUCACAAAAUGAAGAAGCAGAAGAGAUGAUGAGGAAGAUUGAAAAGGAAGAGGAACAGUUGGCAUAUGAUGAUCCAGACAAAAAAGUGUUUCACUUAUGCAUUGUAAAUCUUGUAAUUGGAACAUUAUACUGUGCAAAGGGGAAUUAUGAAUUUGGAAUCUCACGUGUUAUAAAAAGUUUGGAGCCAUACAACAAGAAACUGGGUACUGAUACAUGGUUCUAUGCAAAGAGAUGUUUCCUCUCACUUAUUGAAAAUCUAGCAAAACACAUGAUCGUAGCAAGGGAUUCAGUUUUUCAAGAGUGUAUUCAAUUUCUAGAACACUGUGAAGUGUAUGGUAAAGAUGUGAAGACUGUUAUUGAACAGCCCCUUCAAGAGUCUCAUCUCCAUCAGGGCAAGAAUACAGUGACAUAUGAGGCCAGACUUCUCAAGGCUUUGUUGUUACGCUUGCAGACGUACUAAUGUUAAUUCUAUAUAAUGAGGUACCAUGUGUAUUAUACUGAGUAACAGUAGAAUUAUGCUAAACAGUGUAGUUUUAUAUUUUAAUAGAUUCACUACAAAGCACUUAAAUUCCAGUUUAAAACCUGUUAUCCAAGCACAUAUAGCCAAGUAGUUUUCAUUUAAAAACAGUAAUGCUUGUGAAGAUUUCUGUCUCCUGUAAUACAAUGCUGUAUAGUCUGGUGAAA